CUUUAUUGUACAUCAAUGUCUUUCAUAGCUUGAUUUGUUUCUUUGACACAUUACAUACAUUUCUCCUGCUUGAGCAGGGGGAUGGACUAGAAGACCUCCAAGGAAGCGGAGAGCCGACUCGCCGGGGUCUCACCUGCAGCCACAGCCGAGAAGACUCACCUGGGUGCCUGGCGCCCUUAGGAGCCGCUGUUAUUAUAACCGCGCCAUGGGGUGCUCGAGCAGCGCUCAAACCAAAGUCAAGGAGUUCGGCCGACAAACUCCCAAAUCCCCGGAGGCCAACGGGUUGCCCCAGUGCGAUGACAGCUUGCCUAUCACAGAUAAAAAUGACACAGGAUCUGACCAGACUAAACUUGAACCCCUGGAGGAGAUGAAGCUUGGAUCUUCUUGGAAAAAAACAGAUGAGGAUCUCUGUAAAGAGGAGCCUGAUGCAUUGAUUCAGGAAAUAACAAAAUGUGACCUUUCUACCUGUCACAGAGUAGAUCCUGAGGGUACAGAACCUCAGCUAAUGGCACCAGAAGAAAAGUUUGACAGAAGUCAAUGCUUAUCUUUAGACUUUGUUGAAGCUGGUGGGCCUCAGGCUAUGGAAUCAACAGAGUUGGCUAGCAAUCCUCAAGUUGGCACAGAAGCUGCUCUUUCUUCAGUUUCAGAAUCUCUCCAGGAUAAGAAGCCUGAACCUACCGAGACCUCAGAAGUGGCUAUACUUGAGCCUUCAGCAGAGGAAAUCCGAUGUUUUGUAACAGAAAUUGUGACGGAACUGCUUAUGGAUGAAGAGGAACAGCUAACAGAGGUUACUGUACCAGGUGAAGCAGGAGAAAUGGUGGAAACUGAGACGCACCAUGAGAUAAUACCUGGGGCCUUGGAAACAAAGGAAGAAACCAGAGAAGCUACACUGGUCACGGAGAUAGAACAAGCUAAUGAAGAAUGACCCAGGGCUCCUGGCUGGACUUCAUGGCUAAACUUUAUGGCUUCUGGCUGGACCUUAUCCUUGAUUGCUCAGUUAAAAUUUAUAUUCCUGUUUGACAAAAAUCUAGUUUUUUAAAAAGCUUGUAUAAACUUAUCACAACUACUGAAUACUAAGUGAAAACCAUUUUAAGAAAUUUUAAUGGAAAAAUCAAGUUGCCAAGGCACCACUGAGGAACUGCAUUGUUAAACCAUCACACCUGCCAGAAAGUGCCUCCUGCUAUUGUUUCAAGGGAACUACAAAUUGCAGAACACUUUUACUUGCUUUAGGUAGAAAAUAAAUAUGAAGGAUAAUACAGCACAAAUAAUAUAAAUUGUAAAUGUGAUUAUAGAUACUUAGAUCUAAGAAUGUAUAUGGUCUAAACUAGGGUGAAAAUAACCAAAUUCCAGUGGAGUUUUUGCAGAUUAAUUGCAUUAAAUUUCUUAGGUGAAGUUUCUUGUAAACAUGUAAGAAUUGUAAUGGGGAUCGGAUGGAGUUAGGCUGAUUUAUAGCAUCGAUCUUAUUCCUUUAAUAUGGUAUAGGAAAGAAAAUACCAAUUUCAUUUCCUGAAACUAAUGAAAAUAGUGAUUGUGAUCCUCAAAAUACUUAGUUGAGCACUAGUAUGAAUUGUUGACAUUUAAAAAUUAGAGGAGAUAGCCUACUAAAAAAACAAUUAUAUUGCAAAUGUCAGGCUAAAAAUGAAAUGAUUGAUUACAGUAUUCUUUAAACUAUGCAACCAAUAAAGUGAGCAGAGCUGUGCUUCACUCAUUUUCAGAAACAUUUAUUUGCUGCUAUUUGUGUGAUAUGGCUGGUCUCAUGCCUUCUCAAACAUCUCUAAAAUGUAACCUUAAACUUUGAAAUAAAUAAUAUAUUUGUGGAAUAUGAUAACGUUGUCCAAAUAUGGGAGUCUAUUGGGUAAAUGUCUAUGGGUAUUGUAGAAAAUAUAUUAACUACAUACUUGGUACAACUCAGGAAAGCAGGAAGGUCUUGUAACUGAUAGAUUUUAGAACCAUGCAACUUAUGAAAUGGAAGGCAUUUUAUAGGAUAUCCAAUCCAGUUGCUGCUCAGUGCAGGAAUCCAAUGAAUUAUUGAUGGCCAUCCUCCACCCCCUUUGAAAACUUCCAGUUGGAAUCACCACUAACAACUCUGUUAGGAAAUGCUUCCUAAUAUUCAGUUUUAAUCUCAACCAGCUGGUCAUUAUCAUGCUGUGUGAAAAGAGAAAGGAUCUGGAUACAAUGCUUUUAUUAAUGUAACCAAGGUUGCAUUUUAUGUAACUGCCAUACCACUAUUUUCUCAUGUUCAGCUAGCAGGCCUUGCUAUUCCUAGAUGCAUCUCACUUACAUGACUUCCCACCGAAUCAAUUCUGUACAAUCCUGUACCUAUUCAUCUGAUCUUUUCUACCCAGAUGCAGGUCACUUGUCACAGUGAAUCAUUGGAUUUGGCCCAGCAUUUAAGUCUUUUGAAUAGUGACUUUGUCCAUAAUGUCAAUCUCCUUAAUUUUGUAUCAUUUGAUUCAUCUUGUGGGUCUUUAAAAAAAAGAGAUUGAAUAGCAGCAACCAAUAACAUCACUCUAUUUUCCUCCUGAAUAAUACUGAAAAAUUUAUGAGAUCCUUUGGGGCUUGCAAGUCAUUCAGCUAUAAAUCCAUCGGACUGCAAUACCAUAUUUAUUUACCUUAGCUGCACUUACUGUACAUGAGAGGACUUCACAGAUGCUUUGCAAUCAUGGUUCACACCAUCCAUAGCAUUCUCUUGGUAUAGCAGCUCGUCAUCAUCUCAGAAAAAAAUUAAUUAGCCUAACUUGAUUUGUUCUUUGCAAACACUGGUUCCAGGAACAAUAUUGCCUAAGUGCUUCCAAUACUGAAUGACAGGUUGCCGAAUGAAUGCCUGCCUUAAUACAGGCAUUAACUGAUUGGUAAUUUUCCUGAUCUUUCCUCUUUCCCUUACUGAGUUUAUAUUGGUUCUUCUCUAAUCUUCAGUAUCUUUCCCUUUCUCCUGAGGUCUUCAAAAAUACAGAUACAGAUUAAUAGAGUUGGAAGGGACCUACGAUGAAGCACCCACAACUUCUGAAGACAAACUGUUCCAUUGGUUGAUUGUUCUGUCAGAAAGUUUAUCAUUUCCAGGUCUCUCCUUGUUCAGUUUCCAUCCAUUAUUCCUUGUCUGGCCUUCAGGUGCUUUGGAAAAUAGCUUGACCCUCCUCCUCUCUGUGGCAGCACCUCAAAUAUUGGAACACUGCUAUCAUGUUUCCCCUGGUCCUUCUCUGCACUAGACUAAUCAGCUAUUCCAAAACCACUUUUGCCAACAACUACUACUCCCCGGGAUUUAAUUUAUCUGACUCUGUUGAUAAAUUCAUUUAAAUUUUGAGUUCAACCAUGCCUUGUGAGCUAUGCCUCCACCUUUCUAUCUUUUGGGGAAGAGUUCUCUCUCCUGAGAGUGAAUGGAAAAAUGUUCAAGAGUUUCACUUUCUCCUUAUUCCCCUGUAUACUAUUCAUGUAACAGGCUUAUAACCACAAUUUUUUUAUUAUAAACAUACCACACAAAAUUACUAUUGUAUUUUGCAUUUCUCACCAGACUUACUACAUUUUGAGUUUAGUAUUCCCAAGUCUGUUCCUACAAGCUCAUAUGUGCAAUGUUAGUAUUCCACCUUAGUUAUCGGCUCAUAUUUCUCAUAAAUCUUUUUUUUUUUUUUUUUGCUUUUUAGGUCAUGAUCCACACAGAUCUCCUAAAGCUUUCCAAUUUUUCCUUCCUAUGGAAUUUUUGUUUGUUUUUGUGCUUUCAGAAUCUUAUUUUUUUAGGUUCUCCUAUUCUCCAAAUUGUGAUGCAGCAUUUCAAAGUAAUAUCUUCCCAUUUUUCAUCUAAGUCCAAGAUAUGUGACUGACUUCUCACUUUUCCUCCCUAAUUAACUCUUUGAUAUGGUCGCUUUCUUUCAAAAUGCCUAAAAGCUCCAGUCAGUUGACCGAUUCCUUGUUGAUUGGGAUUAGGUCAGGAGAGCUGACUUUGUUUUGCCUACGUUCUGAAAAAUUAAACUGUCAGCAAGAGAAAUCAGUUUCCCCCCCCACUUCUAGCUUAGUUAGUUUUACAGCAAAUCUCAGAUUAUUUGAAGAAUUUUACAGGUAGUCCUCAAUUUACAACAGGUUAUUUAGCGACCGUUCAAAGUUACGUGGCACUGAAAAAAGUGACUUACGACUUUUUUCCACACUGAUAACCGUUGCAACAUCUCCAUAGUUGUGUGAUCAAAAUUCAGAUGCUUGGCAACUGACUCAUAUUUAUGACAGUCGCAGUGUCCCAGGGUCACGUGAUCACUUUUUGCAACCUUCAGACAAGCAAAGUCAAUGGGGAAGCCAGAUUCGCUUAACAACUGUGUUAAUAUUGUAACACCUCCAGUGAUUCACUUAACAACUGUGGCAAGAAAAGUUGUAAAAUGGGACAAAACUCAUUUAACCAAUGUCUCGCUUAACAACAGAAACAUUGGGCUUAAUUGUGGUUGUAAGUCAAGGAUUACCUGUAUUUAGGAAGAUAUUGUCCACAACCUCUGGGAGAUUAGUAGUACUCUUAGGCAGUGAUAUCACUUCUGUUUCUUAUGCUGUUCCAUCUAUAUACUUUGAACAGAAUUUCCAAUAUUUAGGAACAAGAAUUCCCCAGGUUUGCUCACAAACUCUGCAUCCCUUUAUGCCAGAUCUACAGUAGUUCUCAGUUAAUGACUGCCCUGUUUAACAACCAUUGAAACUUGCAUUGGAAUCGACAAUAUAGCUUUACAGCUGGUCCUCAAUCUUACAACCACUGCAGGAUCCCCAAUCAUGUGAUCACCAUUCAGCCAUUUGGCAAUUAGCAUGCAUUUAAGACAGUUGCAGCAGCCUGCAGUCACAUGAUCACCAUUUGAGUUUAAUACAGGGGUCUCCAACCUUAGUAACUUUAAGGCUUGUGGACUUCAACUCCCAGAGUUCCUCUGCCAGCUUUGCUCUGGGAGUUGAAGUCCACAAACCUUAAAGUUACGAAGGUUGGAGACCCCUGAUUUAAUAGAUAGCUUCUGACAAACAACCAGUUGGGAAGCUGGCAGUAAUUUGCAAAUCAAGAGUCACGUGCUAUUCCACUUGCCGGUAAUGACCGCAAAUUAUUUGCUUAACAACCACAACAGAACUGACAUAUGUCCAGUGCUGCCCCUUGAGGUUUCAUUUAAUUAGUUGUCGGUCCCAAUUGAAUACUACCUGUAUUUGUUUAUAUGACAGCCAGUGUGGUAUAGUGAUUAAAGACACCAGGCUGGAAACGGAGAGAAAGUGAAUUCUAAUCCUGCCUUAUGGUCAAAUUACCUGUAAGGACAGUAUUAGUUUUCUGACAUUUUGGCCUGCAUGUCCCAAGUGCAACCAAAGCCUAGUUCUCCCUAAUGCUAUUCUAUGCAAGCUGGAAUUUGUAAACCAUUUUGUAAACCAACAUGCUAUUGCUUGCAUAUCAAUAACUAUGAGGUAGAUGCAAUAAAAUCAUGGGAAAAGUUGCAUAAUAUCAAUCCCUAGUUUUAGUCAUAUGAAAGCUGGCAAACAUGUUUUCCUAGGUAGUAUCUUAAUAUUGCAAAAUUGAUAAUUAAAAAGAAAUAGGGUACCUAGCAUAAUACUAGUGCUCUAUUUAAAAUGCCCAUUUGUCUGAAAUUUGGUGUAAAAGGGUUUGUGACAAUAUCUAUAAGAUCAAUCAAUCAAUCAAUCAAUCAAUCAAUCAAUCCCACACAGAAUUAUAUCGAUUUGUUGUGGAGGAAAAAAACAUUUGAAUAUUUCUGAAUUGACAUUCUAAUUUGGACAGGCAGGCUGUUUUCCAUUGUACUGAAUUAAGAUCCAAACUGAAUCUUCUUAAUAGAGCACUAU